CAGGUAUGUGUUGAAAAAUGUCCAACAGAAGUGUAUUAUGGAAAAUAUUAUAGAGAUAUGGGCCGAGCUGCAACUGAGCGAAGCAAAGGUAUAUGUAGAGGAGAGAAACCUAGUGCUGCCCAUAUGCAAGAUGCAAUUGAGUACCAUCAUUGUGCUGCCUGGUACCUCCCUCUCAGAAGUGUUGGGCGACGUUGUAUUUAUGUACGAAAAGAAGACUUCAUGAAUGAUACAUUAUAUAAAAGUUUAGAGGGUGAACUUAAACUGAAGUUUUCUGAUAUAGAAAGAGGUGCUCAAAAUGCAAGGUCACAUUCCCAGGAGAGAACGGUUUGGGAUACAAUUGUCAUUAAUAUUGAAGAGAAUUGGGUCACCUUGGUUGUUGCAUUAGUGAUUGCUAUGGUGCUCUGCAUGAUUUACAUUGUGAUCAUGCGAUGGUUUGCCUGGAUUCUGGUCUGGGUAUCUUUGAUUGGUGUACUUGCUCUCCUGGGAUUCUGUUGCUAUGCUUCAUGGACAAAAUAUGCUGAAGCAAGAAAUGAGGAAGAUCUUGAUCCCACAAGAGGGCCUAUUAAAAUAUCAUGGCUGAUACUCUUCAUAGCAUCUUGUAUUGUUUUGGUUGUUGUGUUUUUAUUAAUAAUUUUUCUGCGCACUCGAAUUCGCCUUGCUACAGCUCUCAUUAGUGAAGCAAGCAGAGCUGUUGGAAAUGUAAUGAGUACGUUAUUCUUUCCAUUGGGGCCUUGGAUAUUUCAAAUGGCUGUGAUUGCUUGGACAGUAGCUGUAUGGGUAUAUGUAGCAUCUUCAGGAAAUCCUAAUUAUGAAGUUCGUGGACUUGAUAAUAAAAACUGUAUUUGCGAAACCUAUUCUAAUGGAGAUUCGUGUGAACCAUUUACAUUCAAUAAACAAUGCAGCAGUGCCAUGAGCAUUUGUGGAGAUGUUGCUUGUGCAUUCAAGAGAUAUGAAAGCAGGGCAACUACUAGCUACUUUCAUGCUAUAAACAUUAUUGGUUUCUUCUGGAUAUUGUGUUUCAUAUCUGCAUUUAGUGACAUGGCUCUGGCUGGAACGUUUUCAACAUGGUAUUGGACUAGAAACAAAUCUGAUGUUCCUUUUUUCGCUUUGACCCAAAGUGUUGGAAGAGCUGUAAGGUACCAUUUGGGAACUCUUGCUUUUGGCUCAUUGAUUUUGGCAAUAUGUCGCUUAAUUAGAACAGCUCUUGAAUAUGUUGAAGAGCAAUUAAGAAAAUAUGAUAGUGGACUAGCAAAAUGCCUGAUGUGUUGCUGCAAAUGCUUCUUUAUGUGCCUGGAGAGUUUUAUAAAAUUUAUCAAUCGAAAUGCCUACAUAAUGUGUGCAAUACAUGGCAAAAACUUUUGCCGUUCUUCUCGUGAUGGUUUUAACCUAGUGAUGAGAAAUAUUAUUCGAGUUUUGGUCUUAGAUAAAGUGACAGACUUCCUCCUCUUAUUAGGAAAAUUACUUAUAACAGUUGGAGUGGUGGCUGUGGCUUUUCUUAUUUUUGACAACGAUGUACAUUAUGAUGGUGAUGAAGAUAUUGAGGAAUAUGCCUAUUAUUUAGUGCCGAUCUUUAUUGUUGCAAUAAGCACAUACUUUGUCGCCUGUGUAUUUUUCUCAGUUUAUGCAAUGGCUAUAGAUACAAUAUUUCUCUGCUUUUUGGAAGAUCUAGAACGAAAUGAUGGCUCUCCUGCAAGACCAUAUUAUAUGUCAAAGAAAUUGUUGGAAAUUCUUGGCAAGAAGAAUGAUAACUAUAUGGAAAGAAUGAAUGAUGGCAAUCCCAGUGCACAUCCACUUAUGAAUAGGGAAGAACAAGCCCCAAACCAGUGAUGAGCAAUGACCAGGAGCUACUGCAGUGAGACUCAAAUUUGAUACAUAGGAAGAAAAAUGAGGAAAAAUCUUCAGAAAUUGGUUUUUGAAACAGACUAUGAGAUCAUAUGAGUAAUUCUUGAGAGAGAACUUGCUGCAAAUGGUAUCAGACUGACAUUUAUGAGGUGCCAAUUUAAAAUAAUCUAGUUUGAGAAUGAAAAACAGAUUUUGGGACUGGGAAUCUCUCUCCUCCCAAGACUCCAUUUCAAUCGGUCUCUCUCUUCCUGCAAUUUUAUUGAAAGGGAUUUUCAGAAGGAAGGAGAGAAUGGUUUACACUAAGGCAUGUGAAGGUGACCCUGAUUACUACACUUAUAUCGUGAAGUAUCUUUUUAACUGGUAUUUCAAGAUUUGGAUCUAAAAAUUGCAAAUUAGCAAACAGCUGUACAAUGCAAGUAUUUUAAUUGAUUACACAGGUCAAUAAUGAAAAAUCAUCAGAAGUAAAAUUACGUGUAAUUUACUAACACUAAGUAUGCCCUGCUUCCAAACAUAUUAUGUUCUUAUAAUUUCUCUUGCAUAUAUCAUUUUGUGAUAAGAGUUUUAAUAUUGUGAAUAUGCAGAUUAGCCCCUAAAAUGAGGACUUACCUAGUCACCAUGAAAAAUCAUCAGAAAAGAAAAUAAGUGAUAUUUACUAAGUGUCAUGCCCUGAUGCCUAAUAUGUGCUUAGAUUUUCUCUAAUAUGAAUUGUUUUGGAGAUAGAAUAGUUUUCAUAUGGUGUCUGUGUGAAUAAUCCAUGGCAAAGCUGUUCCUUCAGGGACUGCUGGACUGAUGAGCUUUUGUUUUGUCUUUUGUAUCUCGAAACCAUGGAGCUAGGAAUAGCUCC